AGAACAAAUAAUAUUCGAAUAGAAAUUCCAGUAACAAACAGACUCAUUCAGGAAUUGCAACAAGUGUGUAUUGCAUACAUUAUCGUUACACUAUCGAUUCCAACCAUGCCAACUGUUGCUAAGCAAUCACGCGUUCAUACAAACAAUCGGAGCACCCCAUUCAAAAACAAAUAUCGCUGCUAAUAGUAUUCAAUUCGCCCCAAACCAAACAUAUCUUUCGUUAAAUGUCCGAUCCAAAACCAAAAUCACCCAGAAAACGUCGAUCUCGUGGUCGGCAUCGGAAACGACAAGUAGUGCGUGCUCAGACCACAAAGCAUGUCCAGCCAAACAUAGCCCCAGUUGCCGAAGAGAUUCAAUUGGGUACGACAAGAAAACUCAAACUUCAGCUUGACCCCGAAUACAUCCGUGAAGAACAGGAAGUGAAAAGCUCUCUCGAGAAGCUGAGAAGUGACCUCGGGUCGGACCAAUUACACAGCACCGAUCGCGAGGUGCUAUUUUUCGUUGAUUCUCUCCCGGAGAUGUUUUACGAUGCCCAGGAUCAACUAGAUGGCGAGGCGGAAGGACGAACAGAGCACGAACAGGUGCUGCCCGAGAAAUCACCUUCGAUUCGGUCGGUUUCCAAUACUCAGGACUCUCCCACACAUUUGGCAUCAUCCUACAUUCAACCAGACGAGGAUCAGGUGAUUCAGCGGUGCCAAUUAAAAAAGCUUGUUCUCAACGAUGAUUUGCUUUUCGUCCCAAGUAAAUCUCUCGCCGAAGUGAGAAGCUUUCUCGAACAGGUUACGGUUGGUUCUGACGAUGGCAGUAAGAGCGUGGAAGAGGCGCUUGUGAAACCGAUUUUGAAUAGCGCUAAUAAGUCCCGUUUGAUAAACCGCCUAAUAGAGGAAGAACAGGAAGAAUGGUUCGAUGCCAGUGGAGAUCUAGUCAAUCUGCAAAGCUUCAUCGUCGAUAAGCGCAUGAGAAGUGUUUGCGGAAAAAAGUUUGUACCGUACUUUGUGGAACCCCUGCCUAUGACACAGACGGCAGAACAACUUCCUGCGGAGAGGACCGUCAAAGUGUUGAUUGGAAAACUCAGAUUCGAGAAUCACCCAACGUUCGACGAAGCGAUGAAAUUGCGACUAAAGCUGAAACAAAUCUAUAAAUUGUACUACACUAAUCGAAAGUUGAAGGUUGUUUCUGGUUUGCAAAAGAAAUUGGAUGACCUAAGAUGCAUGACGAACGAAUCUGACGAAUACGGUUUGUCCUUCAAAAUGCAACGAAGGGAGUUGAGAAAGCUAGUGUAUAAGGAAGCCAAAUCCGAGCGGCAAAUGGAAAAGCAGAUCUUGGAUCUUUGGAAAGAACUAAAGGGUAUUAAGGUGAUUAUCGCCAACGAUGAAUUCGGACAAAAUGAAGCCAAAGUAAGUUGGAAUAAACGAUUCAAUGCGGAACUGGAAGAAGUGAUUGACGAAGAACAGGAGCUAUACAUUAAAGAGAAACAAAAGUACAAAGCUUAUUUGCGUGAUCUGGAGGUAAACAUAAACGCGGGAGAGGUUAUACCCAUCCAGAAGCCCAAGAAACCAGACAUAUCACGAUUGAACCUAGAGUUCAAGAAAAUAUUCAGCGAAUCGUUUCGAUCUCCGGGGGAACCAAUGAUCGAUAUAUUUUUGAGGGAAGAACCGAUCCAAACAUUUCAACCAAAUUCCAAUAAUGAUUUGAGAUAUAAAGUAAAGUUCUAUCUCGAUGACAAACAUCUUGCUUCAACGAAACCGCGCGAGUUUCAGAGUGAUUCGCUGGUAGACUUCAACACUUCCUUCUCAGUCAAAUUGACUACGAAGAUUCCGGAGACGAUGAAAAUCGAGUUAUAUGAAAAGAAUAGAUUGAAGCAUAAAAUGAAGUUAGCGGAGAUUUUCAUCCCCCUUCCAAACUCUGAUGAGAUAUUCGAUGAAGUGGAAUAUGUACAUUACGAAUUCUCAUCAGGCAAGCCAUACAAACUGAAUGAAUAUCACAACGGGAAGAUAGAUUUGAAGGUUGGUUGGCUGGAACAAGCGGAGUUGAACUUUCCCAGUUUACCGAAAAAGAGAAAUAUCCCAAAACGUGUUCAUCUAUCGAAAGAACUGUUGAAGAAAUGGUUCGAUGAUCAGCUUCUCGAUCCAAAUGAUUCCGAUGCAGAGAUUUUAAUGAAAGCAUUGGAAAGCACCGACAAAGAUUCAGGUGAUGAGCAAGGUAACCUGCAGGAGGAUGAUGACACUUUCGUGUUCAACGAAGAUCUCCUAGCGUUUUGUUCCGAUGAAGAGAUCAACAACAACGAAAGAUUGAAUAUGUUAUUUCAAAGAUUCAACUGUAACAUGAGAUACAAAAAUAUCAAGUUUAUCCCACAGAGUGAGCGAGAAAUUGAAAUUCCCAACGAGAAGAAAAUCAUCGAUGAAACCCUUGGUACCGAUCCAAUUGAUUUGCAGCGACACUACGGAAAAAAGUAUCUAAAGAAGGUUUACGGUACCAUCGCUAACCAUUGCAGUGUAAUCAAUCAAGACAAAAUAGAUGACAAUUUGCUAAUCGGUGAUCAAGUGCCGACGAUGGAAUCUUUGCGGGUGGCAUUUUCCAAAUUAUUUGGACCUAGGAGACCGCUGAAACCGUCGAGAAAAUCACCGCUUAGCAGAGCCUCGAUCAAGGUAACUGAUGUGAGUAACUUAAAGAUAGUUGUAACUGUUGUAAGAGCGUUUGGAAUUCCAAUGCGAUCGGAUGACCAUCAAGUUGCAUCACCGGGUGAGAGGCGGAACAGUGGUUUAUCUUCAACGAAAUUUUCCUUUCGUGCGUCUAAUGUUCGACCUUACAUCACGAUCUCAAUAAAAGACAAAAUCCUCCGGACCUCGACGGCAGAUGGUACCAAUCCCACUUGGAAUGAGCAAUUAACAAUUCCAUUAGAUGGGACAAGUGAUCAGAUUCGGAAGUUUCUGAAUAUCGAUCUAUACGAUGAGCUGACAGAAGAUUUGCUGGAGGAUGAUCGUGCGCGAACAACGGAGGUAUAUCAGAGGAUAUCCAGCAAAUGGCUGGGUCAGCUGAGGAUUCCAAUCAGCACGAUUUACCUCAACCACAGGAUCGAAGGAACCUUCGAGCUUAGUACUCCACCAAUCCUGUUCGGCUACACACAAUGCAGCAGUGAAGCUCCAGAGUAUACCUCCAUGUUCAUCGGCACUAGCCUACCGGACAUGCGGGAGGCAAGCCAAAUUUCACUCUUCGUUAGUCUGGAACCGAAUGUAGAAGUUCCCAGUUUGGACACCAACGGUCUGGAGUGCGUUGAAUUUGAGCAGACCAAAACACAUAUCUACCUUUGGUUCGAGGAGUACCGAAAUGAGUUCCCUCUGAGAGCAAAAAUGCCGCUAGUGACGCUUCUUAGCGGGAAACGUGUUAGCAUUACACGAUUGCUAGGGCCUAUCGAUGUGCCGUUUGUGGUUGACGAAAAUGUCGAACCGAUGAUCAGACGGUACGUUUCGUUGAUUCCAAUCCACUAUAACACGGAUGCAUGUUCACAAUUGGACGGUGUUUGGUUAACUAAUAAGGAAAUCCUGAGCAUGAUGUGCGCCUCUCCGAAAGAUUUGGGUGUCUUGUUAACUUGUUUUUAUACUGCUCUAGAAUAUGACGCCUACCUGUUGAUAGGUCACAGUCUGUUGAAUGGAGACAGUACAUUUGUGUUGCUACGUGAAGGCAAUGAAUUCCUUAUUGUUGAUCCUACAAGCGGCAAAAAAUACAACAGUACUGAUACGUACUGCCCUCUGAAUAGAGUUUACUCCAUUGUCAAUGAGGACAAUUUGUGGGCCAACAUUCAAAAAGAGAAUCGUGUAUUUCUUACGCAAUUAGACGUCAGCAAAUCAGCCUACUGGAGACCACUGUUUACGAGAACACACGAGGCACCAACAGGUUGUGUCCACGAUGGGAAGUACUUGUACAGGAAUGCUUUAAGCGUGCGUGAUUUGCAGAAAACUAUUGAGAGGAAGAUUUUCAAGAAAAUCGCUGCCUGGAGAACUCAUCGUAAAACCAUCUGGAAUCGGUACAUCAGUGAGCAAUUGAAAUACGUGCUCUCCAGCCUCGAAACGGACGUGUCUUUGGAAGUCAGCACAGAUCGUCAUACGGAAAUGUUUAAUCGCCUUUUUAUCUCCCACAAAAUAAAUGGUUUUCCUUUGAACUUUCCGUACACCAAUUUGUCCAAUGCCGUCGCUCAGGUGAAAGCCACAGGCAUUCAUUUGAAUUCGGAAAAUAAUGUCGAGUUUGCUCUUGGAGUCUACAUAAAAGACUAUCCAAGCAAUAUUUACUCUGUGUGGAUAUUUUUAGUUUCCCUUGUACCAAAAAUAUGAGAACGAAU